AUGGGGUCAGUAUAUGACCCGCUCGGCUUGUUAGCCCCAUUCACGGUGAGAGCAAAGAUGAUAUACCAAGAGGAAGUGAGACGUCAACGAGGAUGGGAUGAAGACCUUGGCUCACAGAAUUCCGUAAAAUGGAAUGCAUGGCUCAGUGAAUUAAGGGAAUUGGAAGGCUUCUGUGUCAACAGGUGCAUAGUGCCUAUGAAUCUUGGAAAAAUCGGCAGUGUGCAGCUACAUCAUUUCUGUGAUGCAUCCACAAAGGCGUUUGCAGUCGUUUCUUACUUGAGGAUACAAGAUGUGUCGGGCAUCACUCACUGUACUCUCAUGUUGGCAAGAACAAGACUGGCUCCAAUAAAGACAACCACCAUCCCCAGACUGGAGUUGUCGGCAGCAGUCCUGGCAGCCACAUCAGAUGCAACGUGUUCUGGACUGAUAUGGAGACAUGUAAGAUCAGAGCUCAACAAAGCUGAUUCUGCUUCCAGAGGACUAUCAGCUAUAGAGUUAAUGCAAAGAAAGGAUUGGAAGGAAGGGGCAGAAUUUCUCCUCUUACCUGAAGCCUCCUGGCCUCCACCAGAACUUCCUGGGAUUUCAAAUGAUGAUCCUGAAGUUAAGGAUAUGACUAUAUCAUUUGCAGCUGGUACAAGGAAAGUUGCACCUGUGGACCCACUGUUUGAGCGAUAUUCCUCGUGGUACAAGCUGCAGCGAAUUGUAGCAUGGCUACGUAGAUUCUGUUCAGCAUGCAGAAGAAUGUGUUCACACCAGGACUCUAACCUCAGCAUUAUUGAGAUCCAAGCAGCAAGGAUGGUUAUCAUCAGACAAGUGCAAAUGACCUGCUUUGCUGAAGAGUUGGACAUAUUGAAGAGAGGAAAAAAUUUGAAGGCAAGCCGCCUUUAUCGUCUGGAACCCCAUUUGGAUGACCAGGGCAUGCACUCCAGCAGAGAACACACCUUAGCAGAAUUACAUAGGAAAUAUUGGAUAGUGGCGGGUAGGCCCUUGGUUGACCGAAUACUACGUAACUGUUUCACCUGCCGGAGAUUUAAUAGCAAACCCCUGACUCAGAGGCAAGGAGAUGUACCUACUGAGCGAGUUACACCGUUACUACUUCAUGUAGUAUGUGAAAGAUACACAGAGAAGCGAUUUGGUUGUGUCUUUACAUGCUUCAGCGCCAGGGCUGUCCAUAUUGAAAACAUAAAGUCUCUGGAUGCUAGCACCUUUCUCAAGGCACUUAUGUGCUUUAUAGCCCAUAGAGGAACCCCUAUGAAGAUCUACUCCGAUAGAGGAACAAACUUCUUGAGAGCUGAAAAGGAGCUCCGAGCAACAGUUCAUGCCUGGUCUAGGAACAAGUCCAUUGAUGACACAUGUAAACAGAGGGGCAUUGAGUGGGUUUUCCAACUCCCUGCAGCAUCUCAUAUGGGAAGUAGAAGCCACAAUGAACAGCCGCCCUCUUACCGCGAUCCCGGGCGAUGUCACAGAACCAGAAGCUUUAACCCCUAA